GAUCAGUGCAAAGAGAACGGUGUCCCUGCUCCGAAUUUCACGAUUGUCUCUGAUCGUCGAGGAGGUCGCACGGCCUGGUCCAGCUCGGUCACCGUUCGAGGCAUGGUAUUCAAGGCUCGAUUUUGGUACGAUGGAAAGAACCUCGACAAUGCCCGGGAAGAUGCCUCUGAAUUGGCCGUG